UUAAACAUGGCCUUAUUUAUGUUAUUGUUGUGUACAUGCUCUAUACUUUGCCAAUGUAAAGGAUACGAGUUAGUUUUUCAACCUACGCCGGUGAUCCCAGCACAGCUGCAGGAGAUCGCCCGUUUCUUUGUACGGGUUGGAGACACGCUGAAUAUUAGCUGCAAAGUUGUAUCUGAAGAGAACAAACCAACACCAAUGUUUAACAUAACCUGGCGAUUGCCCUUCAAUCCACAGAACAGUAAGCAUCGAGUACAAAUAAAACAAAUGUGGAACGAAGCAAAUUUACUAAUACAAAACCUGCAGGAAAGGGAUACUGGUAACUACACUUGUGAAGCUGUCGAGGAAUUAGGAAGAGUUACCUUAAGUGCAUUCGCCUUUGUUAGUGUGAAGAACAAAAAGUCACACUGUUCAGCUGACAAAAUGUUUUUGUGUUCAUCGGGGGCAUGUAUUCUGAGAAGAUACGUGUGUGAUGGUCGAAUUGAUUGCAAGGAUGGAGCUGAUGAGUCACCACUUCAUUGUGGUCCCGAUCCUUGUGAGGGUAGACAACAGUGUGAUGAUGGUCGAUGCAUACCUAGUUCAUGGUGUUGUGAUGAAUAUCAAGAUCCAAACUGUACUGUUAGCAUCAAGCCCUCAUGUUGUCCAAAGACCAUUAUGGACCAUGAUCCAUCAGUGUAUGAUGAAAUGAGAUUCAAUGACAUGGGUUUCCUCCAAACUACUAUAUACACAGUCAUUGGUUGUGCAACAGCUUUCAUGUUCAUCGUGAGUAUCCUGGUGAUAGCCAUCUGUCGCGUGCAUAUGAAGCGAUCACUCCUUUCCCGGUGCCCCGCGGGGUCCAGGCUAGGAGGUGGUUUCCCACCUCCUCCUCUCCGUGGUGUGGGACAGCCACAUCAUCAUGUCCCCCUGUAUGACUUGGAUGUCUUCUUGAAUCGGUCUCCUUAUUCUACAGCUGAUGUCUCUUCACCUGGUCCAGGAUCCCUCUUAGUAACAUACAAUAUUAACAAUGGUAUUCAGUUUGUAGGGCGACCUGUGGAUCCACCUCCCUACAGUGAAGUGGUAGCAUCACCUCCACGAGAAGGUCCUCCACCUCCUUAUGCAUCUCGUGAAAGCCUUGCAAGAACUAUUGCUGCUGUGCCAGUUACUGAAGAUGAUGAUGAUGUGGAGAUUGCAGAUGAGGCUGACUUACUGUUGGCUAAUGCUGCUGCAACAGGACCCACCCCUUUGAUACACCAAAGUGGCAGUACUUUGCAGGUUACUAUUGUACAUCCUCCAGCUCCUGCAUCCUGUGUCACAACAUCAGACAGUUCGGAAGAAAGUGAAAGUUCAUAUUUACAAGGAACAGCAGCUGCAACAGAGGAAUUCCGGCCACUGCUUGAUGCUCCAACAUCCCCAACUUCGAAGGUGCCCGAUUUCUCUUCAGCGGACUCUCCUCCUGGUCCCGGCUGCCUGAGGGAGAGUUUCAUUGGCUUAAGGGACAAUGUUUCAUUGGGAGAGGCUAUUGCUGCACCUGAUGCCAAAAUGAGCCAGGCUCUUAGAAUAAGAGAAGAAUUCUUGAACGGUAGUAACACAACAGUGUCAGUUGCUCAUGCACAGUGCAGUGGUGGAAAUGAAAUUACUGCUGUUACUGUUGGUUCAAACCAUUGAAGUGUUUAAUGUGGACAUUUUUUUUCUGUGAAUUUGCUUGCUACUUAGAGAAAUCCUAUGGUUCCCUGUGCCAGAGCCAGCCAUUUGCAUUGAAAGAUGGUGUACAAAGUUCAAUUUUCUAUUUUUAUGGGAGACACUAGUAGUGCGGCAUGUCUGGAGUCAUUGUCUCACAUUAAUCAUAUGUAGCAUGUGGUACAUUGCUCAUUAUUUGCUACCGUAAUGUCACACAUUGUGGUGCAGAUCAGAAUCUGCACAUCCUUCAUCAAAUGAAUAACCUGUGUAACUUCUUGUAUCUUCUGCAUACUUAAAGAUUACAUCUAACAGUAGUGUCACUUUUACAGUGUGUAGCGAAUAAAACUGACAUCUGUGAUGCCUUCCUUUUUAAUGACUUUUGACAAGAUUUAGUGUAAAAACAGUGCACUUUAAAUCUUCACUUUCAAGAUUUUCUCACAGUAGUCAUGUUUCUGGUCAAGAUUGAGUCAGCUCAACUUAGUUCUGGCAACUGAGAAAUUUAUAUGUAAUGAUCUGUUUA